AAUGAAGGUUUGCAAAAACCUGUGUAAGCUUGUGACGUGACAGUUCAUACCUGGUAGUUGGGCUUGUGCACCGGGGAAAACAGCCAAAACAACCCUCCAAAUUCAAACUAAGAGGAUUCGCUAUGCAAGCAGCUAAAGUUUCAGAUACUCCUGUGGAGUUCAUCGUUGAAUACCUGCUGAAGGCUAAAGAGAUAGCUGAGAAUAAUGCAAAUAUUUCAGCUGAGCUGCGUGAUAAUCUGCAGAAAGCCCUGGACAUUGCCAGUGGACUGGAUGGAUACCUAGAACAAAUAAGCAGCCAGGAGAGCGAACCGCUGGCUGAGUUGCUUAGGAAAUCAAUUUGUCAUGACUGGGAUAAGGUGUAUGAGGAUGGAAAAACCUUAUUCCGGCUUCCUGUUACAUGCAUCACUGGACAGGUAGAAGGUCAAAUAUUGAAAAUGCUGGUCCACAUGAGCAAGGCAAGGAGGAUCUUAGAGAUAGGAAUGUUCACAGGAUAUGGAGCCUUAUCAAUGGCAGAGGCCCUACCAGUGGAUGGUCAACUCAUUGCCUGUGAGCUUGAGCCUUAUCUGAAAGACUUUGCUCAACCUAUAUUUGACAAGUCUCCACAUGGCAAAAAGAUAACUGUGAAGACUGGAACUGCUAUGGAUACCCUGAAGGAAUUAGCUGCUACAGGAGAGCAGUUUGACAUGGUAUUCAUUGAUGCAGACAAGCAGAACUACAUUAACUAUUACAAGUUCCUCCUGGACCAUAACCUUUUGCGUAUAGAUGGUGUCAUAUGUGUAGACAACUCUCUGUUUAAAGGGAGAGUUUACCUCAAGGACUCAACAGAUGAAAUUGGAAUAGCCUUAAGAGAUUUCAACCAGUUUGUCACAAAUGAUCCUCAAGUAGAGCAGGUCAUUAUUCCUCUGAGAGAUGGUCUCACUAUUAUACGACGAGUGCCCUACACACCUCAAGCAAACACAAAGAGUACGGUGACCUAUGAUGAGGUGUUCCGGGGAGUUCAAAGGAAGCCAGUACUGGACAGGUUACGUUUGGAUGGAAAAGUGGCCUAUGUAACCGGGGCUGGUCAGGGCAUCGGCAGGGCAUUUGCACAUGCUCUCGGAGAGGCUGGAGCCAAAGUAGCCAUCAUAGACAUGGAUAAAGAGAAGGCUGAGAAUGUGGCCUAUGAACUGACUUUGAAAGGUAUUUCAAGCAUGUCUGUUCCCGCAGACAUUAGCAAAGCAGAGGACAUUCAAAAGAUGAUUGACGACAUCGUUUCAAAAUGGGACACAAUUCAUAUCGCAUGUAACAACGCUGGUAUCAACAAGAACUCAGCCAGUGAGGACACCAGUCUAGAAGAAUGGGACCAAACCUUUAAUGUUAACCUCAGAGGGACUUUCUUGUGUUGCCAGGCGGCCGGUCGUGUCAUGCUGAAGCAAGGAUAUGGCAAGAUAAUCAACACAGCUUCCAUGGCCAGUUUAAUAGUUCCUCAUCCACAAAAACAGCUGUCCUAUAACACAUCCAAGGCUGGGGUGGUAAAACUCACGCAAACCCUGGGCACAGAGUGGAUUGACCGAGGAGUUCGAGUCAACUGCAUUUCCCCUGGUAUUGUUGACACCCCUCUUAUCCAUUCGGAGAAUCUGAAACCUUUAGUUCAGCACUGGCUGUCAGAUAUUCCAGCCGGACGACUGGCUCAAGUGACAGACCUCCAAGCUGCCGUGGUUUUCUUGGCAUCUGACGCUUCUGACUACAUGACAGGGCAUAACUUAGUCAUAGAUGGUGGCCAGAGUCUGUGGUAGAGAAAGUUUGCUUCUCAAAUCCAGCUAUAUGGUCUCUGCCACUGUUCCUUGAGGGUUCUGAGUGACUUGUGUCAUUUGUUACUUUAUUUUAAUGAUGCAGUACAUUUGGUGAAGGCAUGUACUGUACAUUUUAAGCAAAGGGGCCAGUGACAAACUUAUCAAAUAGUCUGUCAUUUACAAGCAACACUACUUAAAGGGUUAGUUCACCCAAAAAGAAAAUUGUCAUCAUUUACUCACCCUCAUGUUGUUUUCUGUAGAAUUCAAAAGGGGACAUCAGGAAGAAUGUUUACACUGCUAUUUUCCCCCAAAAUGGUGAGGCUGUAAAGCUCCAUAUCAUGUCAUUAGGUCUUGUCUCGAAACUGGCUGUGAUGCACAAAGUUUGAAUAUGCAUGAUUUGAGAGAGGGGAAGAUUAGCAGCAAGUAACGACUUAAAUUGUGGUCUGUUCCUCUGCUAUUGUAAUAUAUAGUCUUAUGGACUACUUUUUUGGGUGCUUUUUGUCCUUUUUCGAGCUUGAAAGUCCCUUGUGACCAUCCACUUUCAUUGUAUAGAAAAGAGUAGCGUGGACAUUUUGAAAAAAUAUCUCCUUUUUAGGUCCACAGAAGAAUAAAAUCACACAGGUAUGUAAUGGCAUAAGGGUGAGUAAAUUAUGACUCUUUUUGGUGAACUGUCUUUCUGUUUAACUGUAAUUGUGCAUUAUUUAAUUCUGUUUUGUAUGAGAUAUUUGCACACUUUUGCA